UUUUUCUACGACAAGUUUUUGUAAGCGGAAAAUCCACGAAAAAUUGAAAUAAAUUAAAAUAAAGUGAAAAAAUUAUAAAAAUGUCCAAAAUAACAACAAGGCAACAGUAUGCGGCUUUGCUGGAGUUGCUGCAAGAAAAGCCCUCUAUGGCACACGGCUUUUCAAAGUGCUCUAAGGAAGAAGCGUCAGAGUUUUGGAAAAAGGUGGCGGAGGAGCUUAACAGCAUGGGCCCACCUCAGAAAGACAUCACUAGCUGGAAAAAGGUAUGGCUAGACUGGAAGGCGUAUAUUAAAAGGAAGCUAGCGGAAAACAAAAUAGAACAGAGGGCUACUGGUGGCGGUCGAAACAGGCAGCACCAUUUCAAUGAAAUGGAGGAAGCUGUCAUCCGAUUGACUGCACUAGAGACUAGCACGAAUGGAAUUGAAAACACUGUGAGUGUUGGGCUACCUGUUGCAGGCGAUUCUGAAGCUGAGAUCGGGGCUGACGUGUCAAUGACGUCAUCGAGCCGCAGUCCAGCACUUCCGAGACGUAUUUCCUCUGCGCGCAAACCAACUGAUACAAGUAUAGCAGAAGUACUUCAAGACCAUUUUUUGCUUCAAAAGGAAUUUCAGGAAAAGACCAUAGCACACUAUUCAAUACAGGAACAAAAGCUGGAAGAUAUUUGUUCCGGUAUACGACGAUUAUACCUAGCAAAGGAAAGGCACUACGACCUGAAGAAUGCAGAAGUGGAAGAAACCCAUAGACACAACCAAUCCAUGGAAGAUUUGAUCAAUGCUAAAAAUUCAAUAAAAAAACAAAUGUUAUUAGUUGAGCAAAAAAGCUUAAAUGUGAUUUCCAAAAACAACUGA